GUCUUUUUCUCUCUCUAACAGUCUUCCCCCACACAUACUGACACACCCUCCCAGAUUUCUAGAGAGAGAAACACUGACCCAGAGAAACCAGAGCCCCCAUUUCCCUCUUUCUCUCUCUAGACUUCAUUUAUACCCCUCUUGGAGUGAGACACACACACGCAGAGAGUUCAGUUCUCCUUAACGAACCCAAUUUCUCAUUUCCAUUUUCUUUCUCUCUCUCUGUUGGGUUUUGCUCUGUAUACUUGAGUUGAGGGAGUAUUGGGUUCUGUUUCUGUGUGUAUUAUUGAGUUUUGUUAUUAUUCUUUUGUUUAUCGAUUUUUUGAGGUGAAUGUAAUGUACCUUUUGUGAGAUUUGGAGCCCUAGAGUUUGUGGAUCCUGGGCUGGGCUUGCAUUUGAAUGUGAAGAAAGAGGGGAGAGAUUCGGGUAGAUCAGGUUAUGGCGGAGAUUUCUGGCGAUGGAGGUGGGUUUUUGCCGGAGGUUAGUAAUGGACGAGCAGUAGAUUCUCAGGCUACGCCGACACCCAUUCCGGCACCGAAUCCAACGUCGUUGACGGUGUCAGGAUCUUUCAAAGAGGGGAAGAGCUCGUCGAGGCGCCGGACGUCGGUUAGGCCGAGUAUGGACGCCGACGACUUCUUUAACUUGUUUCCCGGCUCGGAUCCGGUGAAGUUGGAGCUCAAUCGCCUCGAGAAUGAAGUGCGAGAUAAGGAUCGAGAGCUUGGGGAAGCUCAGGCGAAGAUCAAGGCAUUAAAGUUGUCUGAGCGGCUUAGAGAGAAGGCAGUUGAAGAGCUGACUGAAGAACUAUCAAAGGCUGAGGAGAAGUUAAAAUUGACGGAAUCUCUUCUUGAAAGCAAGGUAUUCACUGAACCUUUUUUUUUUUUUAACCUUCUUUACACCUUUUGGUUGAUAACAUGUAAUUUAUCGUGUAAUAUUUUGCAGAAUCUUGAAAUAAAGAAAAUCAAUGAUGAGAAGAAGGCUUCAAUGGCAGCUCAAUUUGCUGCUGAAGCUACUCUUAGGAGGGUGCAUGCUGCUCAAAAGGAUGAUGACAUGCCUCCAAUCGAAGCCAUUCUUGCACCUUUGGAGGCUGAGCUCAAGCUUGCACGACAGGAGAUUGCUAAGCUUCAAGAUGACAAUAAAGCAUUGGAUCGCCUUACCAAAUCAAAGGAAGCAGCCUUGGUUGAUGCUGAGAGGACUGUUCAAAGUGCCCUGGCCAAGGCCUCUAUGGUGGAUGAUUUACAGAAUAAAAAUCAGGAGUUGAUGAAACAGAUAGAGAUUUGCCAGGAAGAAAAUAAAAUCUUGGACAAGAUGCACAGACAAAAAGUUGCAGAGGUUGAAAAAUUAACGCAAACUGUGAGGGAGCUGGAGGAGGCUGUUCUUGCUGGUGGUGCUGCAGCAAAUGCUGUGAGGGAUUACCAGCGCAAAGUUCAAGAGAUGAAUGAGGAAAGGAAAACUCUUGAUAGAGAGUUGGCUCGUGCAAAGGUAACAGCCAACAGAGUGGCUGUUGUAGUAGCAAAUGAAUGGAAAGAUGCAAAUGAUAAGGUUAUGCCUGUAAAACAGUGGCUUGAAGAACGAAGAUUUUUGCAGGGAGAAAUGCAGCAACUUCGUGAUAAACUUGCUAUAAUGGAACGAACUGCUAAGUCUGAAGCUCUAUUGAAAGAGAAGUAUCAGCUGCGACUUAGAGUGCUUGAAGAGAGCUUGAGAGGGUCUUCUGGCAGUAACAAUCGGAGUACUCCUGAAGGGAGAAGUAUAAGCAAUGGCCCCUCUCGUCGGCAAUCUCUGGGUGGAGUUGACAACAUUUCGAAAUUAACUUCCAAUGGAUUUUUAUCAAAAAAGACACCAGGUUCUCAGUAUAGACCUUUGUCCUCAAGCAGUAGCACAGUGUUGAAACAUGCUAAAGGCACGUCGAAAUCAUUUGAUGGAGGCACGAGGUCAUUGGACCGAGGAAAGGUGUCUUUAAAUAGACUUCUACCCAGUUAUUCAUUCAAUCAGUCCUGUGAUGCAAGCAAGGACAGUGAAGUAAAUAAUGAUUGGAAAAGUAAUCCUGAUGAAAAGGGAAACGAGUCUCCCACAAUUGAGAGUGAAGACAGUGUUCCGGGUACGUUGUACGAUUUACUUCAGAAGGAGGUUAUAGCUUUGAGAAAAGGCGGUCAUGAGAAAGAUCAAAUCCUUAAAGACAAGGAUGACGCCAUUGAGAUGUUAGCAAAGAAGGUAGAGACGCUGACAAAAGCAAUGGAGGUUGAGGCAAAGAAGAUGAGAAGGGAAGUGGCUGCCAUGGAGAAGGAGGUAGCAGCUAUGCGUGUGGAGAAAGUGCAGGAGAACAAGGCAAAGCGAUUUGGUGGCAGCACCAAGGGCCCCGUUAGUGCAGCACAACUGCAUCCUGGAAGGAAUGUUGGACGCGGUGGGUUGAAUCGUAGCACUCAAUAACAAGAAACUGAACCUGCAUUUGUGCAACCAAGCGUUUCCACAUAGUUUAUGAUCUUUGUUCCUUUUUACUCUAUAUUUAAUUUUCUUCCACAUGAUUGAUCAUAGUAGUGUAGCCCGCAUGCCGAUGACCCUGUGUUCGUUAAAUUGUUGGCAAUAUAGUAAGAGGAAAGACUUGGAAAGACGACGUUGCACGUUGCACAAAGAGAGGUAAUUGGUAAUGCAUCUGACUUAGGAUUGUCAUCCCUGUGUUUAGAGAUCAGCAAAGAAGGGGAGAAAGAAAGAGUUAAAAAGGAAGAAUAGUUGACUUGUUGGCUAACCACCUUCUGUCAGGUUUGUUUUUGAGUGAGCCAAUGGUUGUGUGGAUUUGUAUAGGUAGUCUCCCUACUGAUUGGAAUUUUUAUUUUUGUUUCUUCUAUUGUCAUAUUCAGUUGACAUAUGAUGUAAUCUGCAAUGAGUGUGUUAUUGAUUCAGGUAUUGUUAAUAUAUUCUUGUUAUUACACCAAA